UUGCGACGUGGAAAGAUGGGCGUUUUGUGGAUUGUACUCGCUCUCAGCUGCUUGGGCCUGACGGAGGUCCAGUCCAACAAAUACGAAGGGUUCAAGAUCUAUGAGGUCCAAACGAAAGCCCGUACGGCUGCGAUGGAUCAGGCCCUGUCUGAGUUAGCCAAGAAUGAAUCGUACUAUGAGGUGUUUUCGAGCGGCAGUCAGCCGGCACGCAUCAUGGUCCAUCCCGAGGAGCAGGUGAACUUCGUCCAGCUCAUGGACGGACACUCCUUGAGCUAUAAGGUCCUUAACAACAACGUGGGUUUCACUCUGCGACGACAGUUUGCUAGGAAUCGCAUUCUGCGCAACAGGUUCCCCUACACAGGCAACGGGCGACUGGGCACGGAGCGGUUUUACAGUCACGGAGAGAUCAACCAGUUCAUUGAGGACUUGGCCGAGGAGCAUCCUCGCCGCGUGUUCGUCAAGACCGUGGGCAAGAGCUACGAGAGGCGUCUCAUGAAGACUGUCACGAUCACGAACGGGGAUGGUCGCCGAAACAAGAACGUCAUCUUUGUGGAUGGCGGGUUCCAUGCUCGUGAGUGGAUCUCUCCCGCUGCUGUCGUGUACCUGAUCGAUGAGCUUGUGAACAAUCUGGCCGACAAUGCCGAUCUGCUGAUGGACUAUGACUGGGUCAUCUUGCCCGUGGUCAACCCGGAUGGCUAUGAGUAUACCCAGCUGUCGGAGGAAACGCGCAUGUGGCGCAAGACACGCAAGCCGAGCAGCCCCGACUGCAUUGGCACGGAUCCAAACCGCAACUUUGACUUCCACUGGAACGAGGAGGGAGCCUCCGAGGAUCCCUGCGACCAGACCUACGCCGGUUCGAAGGCGUUCUCGGAGCCGGAGGCCGUGGUGGUGAGCGACCUCAUCCACAGCUAUGCCGAUCGCGGCAAAAUGUAUCUCACCCUGCAUUCCUAUGGACCCUACAUCCUCUACCCAUGGGGCUGGAGCUCGGACCUGCCGGACACUGUUGAUGAUCUGCACGAGGUGGCCAAGGCAGGCUUCGAUGCCAUUCUCGAGGCCACGGGCACUCUCUACGAAAUCGGUUCGUCCACCAACGUUCUUUACGUGGCUGCUGGGGCCAGCGAUGAUUAUGCCUUCAAUGCAGGCUUCCCCAUAUCGUUCACCAUGGAACUGCCGCCCGGCGGCACUGGCUUCGAUCCACCAGCCUCAGCCAUCGAUCAGAUGGUCAAGGAGACCUGGGUUGGUAUUGCGGCCAUGGCUCGCAAGGUGGUUCAAAAGUAUCCGCUGGCAUAAUGCUCUGAACAUGCUCUCAAUAAUAAAUUCAUUUAGGAAUAGUUUCAGGUUAUCAGAUAUAACCAUAAUAAAAGCUGCAGCAAUAUCAGAUCUGGGUCGAUAAAA